UAAUAGUGAAGUCUGCACUACAACAAAAACAAUCUUUUACGGUACAUGUCGUGAAAAGAGACUAAUUAUUUGAUUUUGGUUUAUUUCUUUUUCUCGCCACUGAUGGGAUCUCUCCACUUCCCGUAAGUUUCAAUGAACCCUAACCUUCUAAUCCGGACUUCUGACUAUUUGGUAUUAUAUUUGUUUGUUUGGAUUUUUGGCGAUUUUGGUUAAGAUCAGUUUCUGGAUAUUGCUUUAAUUUCCAAGUUCUGGUCAUUUUUUACUGGGAUUAGCAUCUGGGAAAAGAAAAAUUCAUAUGUAUUUUUUGAUUUUUGAUUGCGAGCUGCUGAACGUGGCGCUUCUGGUGCAAUUAUCCCAUAAGUUCUGUGCAAGUCCUAUUGGGCAAGUUUCAAACGUCCUGAAAACUCAGGGGGCACAAUUAAUAUUCCUAGUGGUCCUGUUACACGCUGCAGCAUUUUUUUUUUUUUUUGGUUACUGGAUUUCAAAAAUAUCAUUUGGUGAAUCAACUUCUCGUACCAUUUCUAUAGAAUGUGGAAUGCAGGUGAAAAGCGAGAUUCCUAGUAUGUUUAAAGCCUUCCGUUUUCAGCAGCAUCGUUGGUUUUGUGGUCCUGCCAAUUUAUUCAGAAAAAUGGUUAUGGAAAUUGCCAAGAAUAAGAAAGUAUCUCUAUGGAAGAAGUUUUAUGUAAUAUACAACUUCUUUGUAAGGAAGAUCAUUGCUCACACGUUCACUUUCAUCUCCUACUAUGUUGUACUCCCAUUGACAAUUUUGGUACCUGAAGUUGAUGUUCUGAAAUGGGGAGCCAUUUAUAUUCCUUGCAUCAUCACAGCUCUAAACUCAGUCGGAACUCCAAGGUCUUUUCAUUUAUUGUUUUAUUGGGUCUUGUUUGAGAACGUGAUGUCUUUUCACUGUAACAAGGCCACCAUCAUGGAUCUGCUCGAGGCUAAGAGAGCUAACGAAUGGGUUGUUACUGAAAAACUCGCAGAUGCUCUCAAGAACAAGUCCAAUGCCAAACCAGCAGAUUUACUACGAAAUUUACGUGUAGAAUGUAUAUAUAUAAAAUUUGUUUUAUAUAUAAACAAGUGCCGAGGGCUGGUGGACAUAUAUAAAAUCUAUUUAUAUAUGAUUAAUGUGUAUCUUUUUCUUUUGUAAUUAUUAUGGGUUUGUUGAUGACCAAAUAGACAAAUAUUUUUAAAAAACUAAAUUAACAUUUACGGUGUGCGUGUGCACGCCGUAAAAAGUGUAAACUCACUAUUUACGGCAGUGCAUGUAAAAAGUGUAAACUCACUAUUUACGCUGCCGUAAAUAGUGAGUUUACACUAUUUACGGUGUGCACAUGCACGCUCUAAAUGUUAAGCUUUUACGGCAUGCUUGUAAACUCCGUAAAAAAGUUAUUAAUGGCG